CACAUCCUGGUGCGACCGCACUGGUCGGGUCAAGAUGGCGAUGAUGGUGGGGUUGCGCGUCCAGGCGCGAGCUCUGCUCCGCCAGUGGGCCUGGCUCCCAAGCGUGACCCUCGGGCGGGCGGAGUCUGCGGCCAACGGUGGCGUAGGCGCACACACGCGAGGCUUCGGAAGCCAGCGAGUGCUGGUGGAGCCGGACCCGACCGCAGGGAUUGCAGUAAUCAAGAUGAAGAAUCCCCCGGUGAACAGCCUCAGCCUAGAGUUGCUGACAGAGUUUGUCAUCAGCCUGGAGAAACUGGAGAACGACAAGACCUUCCGAGGCAUCAUCUUAACUUCAGACUGCCCGGGGGUCUUCUCAGCUGGCCUGGACCUGACAGAAAUGUGCGGGCGGAACCCAGCGCACUAUGCUGAGUACUGGAAGGCCGUGCAAGAGCUGUGGUUGCGGCUCUACCUAUCCAACAUGGUGCUGAUUGCUGCCAUUAAUGGAGCCAGCCCGGCCGGAGGCUGCCUGCUCUCCCUCCUCUGCGACUACCGCAUCCUGGCUGACAACCCCAAAUACCGCAUCGGGCUGAAUGAGACCCUGCUGGGCAUCGUUGCCCCCUUCUGGUUCAAAGAUGUCCUUGUGAACACCAUUGGGCACCGUGCCUCAGAGCAUGCUCUGCAGCUGGGGACUCUCUUCCCGCCAGCAGAGGCCCUUCGGGUGGGCAUAGUGGACAAGGUAGUGCCUGAGGACCAGGUGCAGAGCACAGCACUUUCAGUGAUGGCCCAGUGGAUGUCCAUUCCAGACCACGCUCGACAGCUGACCAAGAACAUGAUGCGAAAGCCCACAGCAGACCACUUGGUGAAACACCGUGACUCGGACAUCCAGAACUUUGUCAGCUUUAUCUCCAGAGACUCCAUCCAGAAGUCCCUGCAGAUGUACUUAGAAAAGCUCAAGCAAAAGAAAGGCUAACAGCUAGGCUGCCCACACGAGGUGUAGGCCAUAUGCACCCUUCUGGAGGGAGGCCCUCUGGUUCCAAGAGGUUUUAAUUUAAACAAGCUGUUUUCUCAUCUGAAAACCCUUUCAGCCCUUUGUUUUGUUGAUCUUCCCAGAAGGGCCUGUUUCUUGUAGACAGGGUCCCACGGAUCACCACCACACAUGAGUGCCUUUACUGCCUGGCAGGUGAACCCAUUCUGGACCUUGUCAGGGUUCCACUGAGUGUCUUCUUUCCCAAAGAA